AUGGAGCGCGUUUCGUCGGCCGCUUCAAGGGCCCUCUUUCCCAAAGGGCCCAGCUUCACUCUCGACGACUUUUCUAGUAAGGACUUUAUUGUCCGCGAUUUUGUGGACACGUUGGCUGAGACGGCUGUACCGUCCAAUCGCCGGUCUGGGGCGGCGGCACAGCAGGCAUUCGACCCGAAACCGUUGAUCCGGACGUUUGAGAAUGCACUCUCCCAACUCGGUUCCCUGUCCGAGGAGCUCCAGGAAAAAGAGUCAGACAUUUUGUCGCAGGUGCGCCGCGCGGAGAUCCAACACGACCAGACCCUCGACACCCUCGGCAGCAAGCUCGACCAGUCCAUGACGCAGUUUGAGGCGCUGGACCUGAGCCUGAACAACCCUGGAGAGGCAGAAAAUGGGUCGACCGAGCGGGGUAGCCGGCAAGGGCCCGACACGGGCGGUGGCAACAUUGCCGUGCAGAUUGGCGAGAAGCUCGAGGAGCUGGACCGCAAGCGGAGGCGCGCGCUGGACGCCACCUUCCUCGUGCAGUGCUGGACAGAGCUGUGCGAGACGGGGCAGUUGACGCCGCUCGAAGAUAUCCAGCGGCAGGGUGGUGCUGAGAACAAAGUGCGCUGUGCCGUGAUUUCAAGGCAGCUGAUGCGCAUCAGCCAGCGGCUGGACCCGGCAUCGUGGGCCGAGACGAAAGGCGGGCGCGGGGCCAACGGCACAAACGGAGUCAAUGGCACAAACGGAACGAGCAAUUUGACAAACGGCAGUGGUACGAACGGUGCGGGCGGCGGUGGCGGCGGCGGCCAAACACACAAUACACGCGAGGCCCUCGAAAAAUUCUCGGAGACAUUGGAGCAGGAUCUGCUGAAGCAGUUCAACAACAGCUACCGGCGGCAGAACUUUGACGAUAUGCUGGAGUGCGCCAAGGUGCUGCACGACUUCAACGGCGGCACUAGCGUCAUCGCCGCGUUUGUCAACCAGCACCAGUUCUUUAUUGACAGGGACCAGCUCCUGACGGACGAGGUCACGACCGACGGCGAGACAUGGAACCAGUUGGCCGACCCUGACGCCGACCCACCAGGUGUUGAGCCGAGCCUGCAGUCUUUGAUUGACGAAGUCCGCAUCAUCAUGCAGGAGGAGUCGUUUAUCAUCAAGCGGGCCUUCCCCUACUACGAGACGGUUCUGAUCAAGUUUAUCCAGCGCGUCUUCCAGCAGUCCAUCCAGCAGCGCCUGGAAAUGGUGCUCGAGAAAGCGAGCACCGUCUCUAUGCUUGCUUAUCUCCGGUCCCUGCACGCGUCGCGGAGCUACAUCGGCGCGCUUGUGGAAGACCUCAAGACCCACGGCCUGACCGAGCACCCAGAGCCCUGCUCCAGCCAGAUUGCGCAGACUCUGGACCAGCAGGUCGAGGAGCUGUUUGUCCCGUACUUGGUGGGCAGCUCCUACAUUGAAAAGGAGCGGAGGAGCUUGGAGGAGAUGUACAACUCGCUACUCUUCAAGUUUACGCUGUACCACUCGCGGCGACCCAAGGCUACGCGCGCGGGCUUCAUGGGCAAGAUUGCCCAGCAGGGCACGCAGCUGCUGGCUUCGGCCAAGGACGCCUAUAUGGAGCGACUGGAGUCGUCCGACCUGACGCCCACCCAGAAGACCAUGAUGUUGCGCGUCGCUGGCAUCCAGGACACGGACAAGAAGAACGAAAUUGAGGUCUCUGACGACGACGGCGUGCUCAGCACGGCCAGCGCCAAGCGCAUGAUGAAAUGGCUGGCCGAGAGCGUGCGCCGGACGUUGGAGCUGGGCAGCGCCGCUGAGACGCCCAAGGACGUCAACGUGCUGCUGGGCCUGCUGAUGAUGGCCAUGGGCCGCGUGUACGUGGAGACGGCACUCGACGCUGCGCUGGACGUGGCGACGUCGCAGGAAAAUGUCAAGACGGAGCCCGACCUGAGUUAUCUGCCGUCGGUGCGGCCUGCCGUGACAAUUACGAGCAUCAUGGCACGCUUCAUCCAGACGGUGCUUAUCCGGCUGGCCGACUCGAACCCAACAGUGCGUCGCAACAUGGAGGCGCAGACGCGCGUGGGCAUCGACUCCAUCGAGAAGAAGACCAACAGCAUUCUCAAGACGACGGUGGACGUGGUCGUCAACUCGGUGUCCAAGACGCUGGCCACACAAAAGCGGACCGACUUUCGGCCGCGCGAUAACGAUUUGGAGAGCCUUGUGGACACGCUGCAGACGCCGACGUGCCUCGCCAUCUGCACGUUCCUCGACAAGGUGGCCACGCUGGCGACGCAGUCCAUCGAUGGGCGCAACCUCGACAUGUUUAGCAGUGAGCUGGCCAUGGCGCUGUUCCGGCUCCUAUUUGAGCACUUUAAGAAGUUUGCCGUCAACGCCACGGGCGGCCUGAUGGUCACCAAGGACAUUGCCAAGUACGUGUCGACUUUGAAAGCCUGGCCGCUCAGCCGCGACGGCGAGGCCACGAUCGAGGUCCUCACUGAGGUGGGCUACCUGUUUAUCAUUGGCCCCGAGGCUCUGCGCGAGCGCUCGCGCAACCUGACCACGGCGGCGGGCACGGGCGUCAGCGGCAAGAAGCUGCAGAAGGCCGACUUCAAGGCAUUCGUGCAACGCCGCGAAGACGCCAGCAGCGUGGGUGUACAGAGCGUGCUGGCCGGGCUGUGA